UAUAAACAGUAUGGCUGCCCCCAUGAGCAGUGUGGGUAAACCCUCAGCUGAACGAUCACCGUUCAAUAAUACGAGUUUUCAGAAGAAAACAAGAAGCAAGUUAAUCUCCAUACCUGGUACCAGACCCUCGGUUCAAAAUGGACAGCUCUUAGUCUCCACCGGUGUCACGUCACUCGACUAUCUGCUCGGUGGCGGGUUAGCAGUUGGAACAGUACUUCUCAUAGAGGAAGACCGAUAUGAUAGCUACUCUCGUAUGAUCCUAAAAUACUUCCUGGCAGAAGGAGUCGUGUGUCGGCAUGAACUUUAUGUGGCGGCGGCUCAGGAUAACCCAGAUGACAUCUUACAGGAACUCCCGGCCCCCAUCCUGGACGAUGUUGCUAUGCACAAACCAGCCGAGCAGCCGAGGCUGUCGCGUGAACCUCCAGACGGUUUGGACGCCAUGAAGAUCGCCUGGCGCUAUCAGAAUCUCCCGAAAGUACAGACUGCCCUGGCCUCUUCAUCCCGGUUCGGGCACUACUAUGAUGUUUCCAAGACGAUGGAGCCAGAAAUUCGCCAGGCAGCCAAGUGCCACCGCUUCUACCUUCCAGAACAUCCUACCCAGUCAUCACCACCGCACAGUACCAUGCUUGAGUCCUACUCGGCGUUGCUGAAGUCUCUUCAAGAGGUCAUAAACAGGGAGGGCUUUGAUGUAGCAGCCCCUAUGUCAAAUUCACGUAACAUCCUGCGAAUCGGGCUUCACUCUCUUGGCUCUGCUCUGUGGGGUGAUGACCUGUGUUGCCAUGACAACCCUAAAAAUGGCCGCGCCCUCACUACCUUUCUCUAUGGACUGCGUGCUUUGCUGAGGUCCUCGCUGUCAGUGGCAGUAGUUACUUUGCCUUCACAUCUCAUCCAGGACAGAGCUCUAAUGGGCAGCAUAACCAGGCUAUGUGACAAUGCCAUAGCCCUGGAAUCAUUCAAAGGCUCUGAGAGAGAGACCAACCCACUCUACAAAGAUUACCAUGGUCUGAUACAUGUACGCCAAGUACCUCAUCUGAACUGUCUGGCGAGUAAACUUCCUGACCACAAGGACCUGGCCUUCAAGCUCAAGAGAAAACAGUUCAGUAUUGAGGGUCGAAGAGGCCGGAGCACCUGCUGCAGGAGGAGCAGCGAGAGAUGAUCCGAGGAGGAGAG